UUGCUUGGACGUACAUUUCAAUCGGCGCGUCGUCUCUCGAAGAUCGUCUGACAUAGCUAUAUCUCGACUAUAUCUCGACAAUAUCUCGAGCUACUCAUAUAUCCAAGAGUUCCCUUAUCAAGGACUGCGAAACGGGCGUUUGGCAUUGCGCAUACGCAGCGUGUGACGUGCUUAGUAAAGCGAUCAAGGAAUCGAAAACAGGAGUUGACCGCAAUCCAUGCUCAGCGCGUGACCACUCAGUAGCCACAACGAACCGCAGAUCUUCCAGCGCAGAAGGAAACCAGAAUGGUGCAGGAUCAGGGAGAGAGCACAGUGCUGCCGGAGGCCCUGCUGAAGAUCGCCAAGCGGGAGCUGCGCGAGGAUCGAUGCACCCGGGAGCAGUGCCUGGAGCAGCUGCGCAAUUGGGUGGCCAAGAACGAGGAUCUGCGGAAUGUGCGAUGCGACGACACCUUCCUGCUGCGCUUCCUGCGCGCCAAGAAGUUCAGUGUGCCGAUGGCCGAGCAGACGCUACUCAAGUAUCUGAAUAUCAGGCGCACGUUCCCGCACAUGAGCACCCAGCUGGACUAUCUGGAGCCGCGACUCGGCGACCUCAUCGAUCAGGGAUACAUUUUUGCGGUGCCACAGCGUGAUAAGCACGGUCGCCGGGUGGUGGUCAUCAAUGCCAAGGGGCUGAAUCCGAAGAUACACACCAGCUGCGACCAGGCCAAGGCGCAUUUCCUCACCUACGAGUGCCUGAUGGAGGAUCAGGAGACGCAGAUCACCGGACUGACGCAUGUGGGCGACUUUUCCGGCGUGACCACGGCGCAUGUGACCAACUGGAAUCCCACGGAGUUCGCGCGCAUCUUCAAGUGGGGUGAGCAAUCGCUGCCCAUGCGUCACAAGGAGAUCCACCUUAUCAACGUGCCAUCCACGCUGAAGUGGCUCAUUGAUUUCGUGAAGAACCGCGUCAGUUCCAAGAUGAAGAACCGCCUGAUCAUCUACGGCAGCGAAAAGGAGCUGAUGAAGAGCGUGGAUCAGGGCUGCCUGCCGCUGGAAAUGGGUGGCAAAGUGCCCAUGCGUGAGAUGAUCGAGCUGUGGAAGCAGGAGCUGGCGACCAAGCGGGACCUCAUCCUCGGCCUGGACAAGAGCACUCUGCUCUCUGAUCGCGGCAUCCAGCGGAAAAGCAGCUUCAAUGCCGAAAAGGCCUCCACCGGCGGACCCAACUUCGUUUCACAAAUCGAGUCCAUCGAAGGCAGCUUUCGGAAACUGGAGUUCGACUAGCCUAUGCGGCUGG